AUGUCAUCAUCACCCCAGGAUCGCUAUCUUGGCGCACAGAGUGGUGUAAGUCGCAAAACCUCACAGAGUUUGCUGGACACAGAUAGUACCGAUUAUGAGGGCCAGCACUCUGAUAAAGACGCCCAGCGCGAGCAAGAUCUCGAUGCGGCUAGGUUGAUGAGCCAUGCAAGAGGCUCGAAUUCCAGCAGCGAUGCAUUUUACGCUCGACAGCCGGGAUGGUUCGACGGCAAAAGUGCUAGUGGAGAUAUCCCGGGCCAGUCCACCCGGGAGCGCCCUGCGCCACCCAUUUCCGGCUCGAUGGCUGUCGCGAUGAAGCAAUUUUACCAGCAGAAAGCAAACGGUUCGAACACGAGUCUAGACAGCCAGAGCAACUUUAUCGACCACCGCAAUCAAUCGCACUCGCUAUCAGUAAAUCCAAACUCGCCACUGGCGAUGCGCGCGCGCGAAACAACGCCUUCGGCUCGUGAAAUAGGCGGCGAGAUGCAUCCUUCGUUGCUUUCUCCGCUGCACCCAGGCAUCGGCACCCACGAGCACACAUCCGUUUCGCCGAGGCAAGUGCCGAGCCAUGGCGAGCUGCAUACUGCCGAGUCGCCUGACAUGCAUAAUUCUCCGCACACGUCCACGCCGAGCCAUCCCGACGAGCUGGAAGACGAUGUCUGUUUUCCCCUUCCAAACCCGGUUGACGACGUCGCGGUCGAUAUUGCCGUUGAGCCGAAGUUUGAUCUGCCGGAAGCGCAGCGCCCAGGCUAUCCAUACACCUUUGACUUGCAAGCGCUCGACACAUUUGCUGACGAAGAACGCAAAAAGCUGGGGCUGGAUGCCAGCGUGCCAGAUCAGACAAACAGCGCCCACGACGCUCGCUAUGGCAGCGCACCGUUUGUAGGCUCGAUGGACCAAGGCGAGAACAGCUUGUACUCCCGUCGUCAUCGCUUCUCCACUUCGGGCAAUGCCGACGGCGGAAACAGGUAUCAGCGCAAGCUGGCCAUGUUUGAAGGCGGCCAAUCGUUUGGCAAUACACUCGCCCGCUCGCCGUUUGCCACCGAGCCGAAUACGGACGGGGACGGGCCCGAGGAUGGGCGCCCGCUUCUUAAAGGCACUUCGCCCAAGUCCUACACCGGAUACGCUUCGAGCACAAAGCGCCAGGAGACCUCUAUGCGCUCCCGAGCCCAGACGUUCCCCGUUCCCGAUGCCAGCAACACACGCGGCCUCCAAGCACUGAAGCAUGCAAUGGCAGAUAAGCCAUACCGCUUUACGUUUUAUUCGAAUGCGCUUUCGAAUACCAUUCACGCGCGAUACCUCUGCGAGCUUCCUGCGCCGGGGCAGACGUACGAGGAGCUGCUCCGCGGCGUCGACACCGACGCCGACGCCAAGCCCCAGCAGAAAACACACCAAGGCCCUGUGUCUUCUAAGCAGCAAGUGCCGCCGCCGCCCGUGCCUCUUCCACCCGGCUCCCUGGCGCCCUCUUCUUUAGAACCAAGCAUGGCAUCAGAACCCAACACAUGGUGGCUCGACGUGCUUUGCCCUACGGACCAGGAGAUGAAAGUGUUGAGCCGCACGUUUGGCAUUCAUCCCUUAACGACCGAGGAUAUUUUGAUGGAAGAGACGCGCGAGAAGAUCGAGUUGUUCCGCAACUAUUAUCUUGUCUGUUUCCGCUCCUUUGACCAGGACCCAUACAGCCCGACCUACUUGGAGCCGUUGAACAUGUAUAUUAUUGUCUUCCGCGAAGGCACGCUUUCUUUCCAUUUCCGCCACACGCCGCACCCCCACAAUGUUCGCCGCCGUAUCAAGCAGCUGAAAGACUAUAUUAACGUCACUUCCGACUGGAUUUCCUACGCACUUAUUGAUGACAUUACGGAUGCGUUUGGUCCCUUGAUUCAAAGCAUUGAGUUUGAGGUAGACUCGAUCGACGAGCUUGUGCUUAUCCUCAAGGAAGCCGAACAAAGCGAUAUGCUUCGGCGUAUUGGCACCUGCCGUAAGAAGGUCAUGGGCCUUUUGCGUCUCAUGGGCAAUAAAGCCGACGUUGUCAAAGGUCUGGCAAAGCGAUGCAACGAGUACUGGGCGAUUGCGCCCAAGUCGGACAUUGGGCUCUACUUGUCCGACAUUCAGGACCACUUGAUCACCAUGACCCAGAACCUGAACCAUUAUGAAAUGAUUCUUUCGCGCUCGCACAGCAAUUACUUGGCACAGAUUAGUAUCGAGAUGACCGACGCAAACAACCAGAUUAACGACGUGCUGAGCAAGCUUACCGCGCUCGGUACCGUCAUUGUUCCCAUGAAUGUAAUCACCGGUCUGUGGGGUAUGAAUGUUGAAGUGCCCGGACAGCAAGUGGAGAACUUGCACUGGUUCGGUGGCAUUGUCGCCGUGAUGGUUGUGAUUGCGGUAUCAGGCUACAUUACCACUGUGCGCUAUUUGGACCGUCGUUAG